AUCUUUGCGAUGAUCGCGCUCGAGAGCGUCGCGAGCGUCGUCGUCAUCGGCGUCCUCUACGGGCUGUGUGCGGGGCUACCGCUGGCCAUGGUGGCGCGCGGCGGUGUUCAGCGGCGUGCAUCUCCCUCUCGUGCGCAUGCGUUCCCUUGUCGUGUUGGUGUUGGUGGCAUGGGUCAGGUCAUGACACUUGCUGGCGCAUGCGUGUUCGUGCUGCUCAUCCUUACCACGGCCGUUCGCAGAGAUGCACGUUGUCGAGAACUGGAUACGGAGACGAGAGUGGAGGAGAAGGCGCCAGCUGGUCUUGGCUCGGAGAAUCCAUCGAGGCUUUCGCUACCACUUGAAGUAGAAGAGCCUUAG